AUGGCUGCGCCGGUCGUACGGUUCCCCCUCCUCCCGGCGGUGAGAAUAAUCGGAAUCGCUGUCGCGGCGCUAGUUCUAACAUGGGCCGUGCGUUACAGGGGCGGCCUGGCCCUCGUGUCCGAAAAUAAAGAUCAAAUUUUCAACGUUCAUCCUGUACUAAUGGUGGUCAGCCUCGUGCUUCUGAAUGGCGAAGCCAUGCUAGCUUACAAGACUGUAUCAGGAACAAAAAGCUUCAAAAAACUUGUACAUCUUUCCCUCCAAUUCCUCGCUUUCUGUUUAAGCGCCAUUGGGUUGUGGGCUGCAUGGAAAUUUCACAUUGAUAAAGGCAUCGAUAACUUCUAUAGCCUCCACUCGUGGCUUGGCCUGAGCUGUCUUCUCUUAUUUGCAGUCCAGUGGGGUGCUGGAUUUGUAACCUUUUGGUAUCCCGGUGGAUCAAGAAACAGCCGGUCGAGGCUGCUGACAUGGCACGUAUUCAUUGGAAUCUACAUUUACGCACUCGCCAUAGCUGCUUGCACGACCGGUUUUCUAGAGAAAGUAACAUUUCUUCAGACGAGUAAAGUGAUAACACGUUACUCGUCAGAGGCAUUACUUGUCAACUGUUUGGGGAUAUUGAUUGUUGUCUUGUCCGGUUUCGUUAUUCUUGGCGUUUUGUCGAAAGGUGAUGUUCCCAGAGGAAUAGCUGAAUGA